UUUUUUUACUCUUCUUCUCCUCGCACUCCUGUCUUUCCUCAUGAAGGUUCUUGGUCUUGUCUCCUUUUUAGUUGCCACCGUGGCUGGCGUGUCCGCCCAGCUGUCUGCUCCUAUGAAAAACUACAAUGUGACAAGCCCUGUCAGCAAUGGACCCUAUGUGGUUGGCCAGGUUGUGCCCUGUACCUAUCAGCUCUUCAAUGAGUACGAUACCUCUGUUUUGAAACUCCAGAUCAGCCUCGAAUCAGCCACUAAUUCAAGCAUUAACUUCCCAAUCACAACAAAUGCUGACAUUUCAAAGACUACCGAGUUCUCCAAGUUCGAGGGCAACUAUACCUACUAUGAGCACUCGAUUAACUACCAAAUCCCCAGCACUGUGGCUGUUGGUCAAUACAACGUCGUUUUUCUCGAUGCAACCACCCAGACUAAGCUCGUUGUGCCCAUUGAAGUCCGUGCCGCCGCUGUAAUUCCAUCCACGACAAUUCCUCCCAGCAAGGCCGCCACAGAGGGAUCGUCGUCGCCCACCGGUGGGUCUGGUGCUUCUACUCCAGCUUCCUCUAAUAUCUUUGCUGGAAACUCGGGUGCCAUGACUAGCCCCGGUUUGGCCACAAAGACUUUGUUUGCCUUGGCAGCCGUAGCUGGCAUUGCUUUUAUGCUCUAAAUUCAUUGGAGCGAGAUAAAGAGAAAGCAAGAAAGAUAGAGAGAGAGAGAGAGAUAGAGAGAGACGAUAUUGCUUUAUAACAAAAGAAAGUGGGAUACUCCUUUCAAUACUUACUACUUUAUCUUUCCUUUUUCUUUUUUCUUUUCUCUCUUUCUGUUUUAUUACAUUUAAUUUAUUGACAUUAAUUACUUCUUCUUCUUCUUCUUCUUCUUUACUUUGAACACAAUUUUUUCUAUUGGGAAUUGGGGUCAAUGAAACGGUGUUGAUUGUAUGUUUUUCUGCUAUUUUUUCUUUCUUACUUACUUACUUACUUACUUACUUAUCUUACUUUGUACCAAUUAUUCUUUUCUUUUCUUUUAUUUUAUAUUUUUUUUUCUUAAAAUAAUAAUAAUAAUAAUAAUAAUUAUAAUAUUAAUAUU